GUUCUCGAACAUUUCCAGACUAUGGUGGCCUUAGUAUAUAAGCCGCAGAAAUAAGGUCAACUUUGUCUCAGGAGUCAAUCAAACCCACCAAAUCACUGCGACCGGAAAAGCAACAUGUCUAUUGCUCGUCAGUUAUUUCGCGAAUUCCGGCCUCUCUUUCAUAUGCUGGAGGAACCUUUUGGUAGGGCCCCUGUAGCUUAUGGGCUUCAGAACCGCUCGGCCUUUGAUCACCCGUUCUUCCAAGCGCCCACUGUCUCGCGACCGGCGAUUGAUUUGACAGAAGACGCAGACAAUUAUAUCGUAGAGGCCGACCUUCCUGGAGUAAAGAAAGACGAUAUUGAAGUUAGAGCCGGGGACGGUGGACGAAGUAUUACAAUUGAAGGCAGGAUGGUGCGUCGAAGCAACGGGAAUGCGGUGGAGACCACCGAUGACGGAACAGCAGUGACAGCGGGAAGCGAAGAAGCCGCUAACACCAAGUCUACCAGCAAAAUAUCGAGUGAGCGCCUUUUCUCGGGGAGCUCGACGUUUACCAGGACAGUUUGGUUGCCUCGAGCUAUCGACGGCUCCAAGGUUUCAGCCAAAUUGAAUGAUGGAAUUCUUACCUUGACUAUCCCGAAGAUGGAGGAUAAAGAAAGUGUGAAAAUCGAGGUGCUUUGAAACUAGAAUAUUGUGAUGGGUGUAUCCGGGAAGGUGUGGCCACCGUGUAGGGCUGCAUACAGUUGGGCCUCUGUGGAGUUGUUCUUUUCCUUGCUGUAUUUUAUUGUACCAGUCAGAGUGUAUGCAUAGCAUCCCCCCUCAGAUAGUUUAGAAUUGCAUUUAAGGCGGCAGUCGCGAAUAUGUUGUGAGGGAUGAAAUGGAUGGUGGGAUGACAGCAAGUCUUGCCAGGGUGUAUGUCUGAAUCCCAGUCUCGUCACGUUCGCGUGAAGCGCUUGAAAACCGCUUUGUUCUCAUACACCUCGCAACCUCCUUUUCCGACGGCCAACCGCUGCCUCGUCGUUUCCUGCAUAUUUCCACCCUUUU